AUGGCCUCGCCGCGCGCCUCGCGGUGGCCCCCGCCGCCCCUCCUGCUGCCGCCGCUCCUGCUGCUGCUGCUGCUGCUGCCGCCGCCCGCCGUCCCCGGGACGCGGGACCGGCCGCCCUCCCCGGCCCGCCGCGCGCCCCUCGCCGACGCGGGCACGGCUCGAUCGCCCGCCCGCCGCCCAGAGCUCGAGUCCCCGCCCUGGGAACGCCGCGGGCCCGCGUCCCCCGGCCCCAGCCCCGCGCCCCCGCGGCCCGGCGUCGCCACUCGGCGGGGACGCUCCAGCGGGGACCCCCGAGGCGGGAGCGCGGCUGCUAUAAGCAACUAUGGGUCAGGAAGGAGCAACACUGAGCCCCACAGUGAAAACAUUGCCUUCCGUCAAGCUCUACAGGACCUUUCAACGGUGGCCUUCAGAGAGGGUGUCAUGGCUCAGACCUCCAGAACUAGCCAUCUUUCUUCAGAAUCUCUGGAAGAUCUCCCUGCUCUUACUGAAAUGGCAAGUGCCGAGGGAAGGAAUGAGUCUUCAAGUCAAACAAACUUCACCAUUUCACCUGUUGGGCACUCAUCUGAGAUCGCCAUGGCUCUAACCUCCCAGGACAGUACUUUAUCCUCGAAAAGAUCAGAAGAAAAAAGUUCUCCUCAAAUGGAGAGUGAGAUAUCCCCAGUCUCCCUGGAGAAGGGGAAGGAGCUCCCAGGAGUGAGAACUACACACACCCAAGGAGCCUACACAUCAGCUUCCAUCCAGUCCUCUCUUGCUUCGGAGCCCAGAGAAGGGACCAUGCUCUCCAGGAGGAGAAAUUCCUCAGAACCAGAGCUCAUCUUACAGCGUUUCUCCAGGACACCAGCUUACUCUCCUUCUUCAGGCCAUCCAUCAUCUUCUGAGAGGAUGGAGGGAUUUAAUGAUGGUGUCACUGGUGUCCACAGCCCAUCAGGCAGCCACAGGAAGAGCAUGCAUGCUGCUUCCACGCUCACUGAUGGUGUCCCAAGGGUGCUCCGGUCUUUGGCUGUCAGCCUGGCACCUGUAAAUGAGACAGAGGGCUUCCCUGAUCACUUCAGAACUGCUACAACUUCUAUCUCACCCACUGUGGAAGAAUUGAGAACUAACAGUAAAGUAACUGAGAACCCAGGAGAUGAAGAAUUCCUUGAGCCAUCCACAGAAAAUGAAUUUGGAUUUACAUCUUUACAUGGGCAAAAUGACUCCUUAACCCUUGGAGGACAUCAGCUUGCCAGCAGCUCUGAAAGGCUCAGGCCUCAAACGGAGACUGUGUUAAGGUCACUACCUGCCAUUGGAGCUGGAGAAAGCACAGCACACUGGUUCUUGACCAAUAGCAAGACAUCUGCAAAUGUGAGAGAAAGCUCUCCUUCAUAUCCUGAGGUUGUGAACACUUUAGUUUUGACCCAAUUCUCAGACUCUGCUCAACAGUCCAAGGGAGGAAACUCAGUGCUGGGUGAGAGAAGUUACUCAGAGUCUUCAUUUACAUCUUCCUCAGAAAGCCUGGAUUCCUCAGCACCACCUGGAGAACGCUCAACUCAGGGCCACGCUCCUCAGGUAGGAGAAAGAACGUCCGGGUGGCGCCCCCGCAGCGGCGCGCACACCUCAGCAACGCUCGCCGGAAGUGGAGAGCAGCGCACGCUGCGGUCUCUCAGCUUCACCGACGCCUCUGCGGACGCGGGAGCGCGCGCAGCCCAGCGCGGGAACGUGACGGACCGCUCGGGCCUGCUGUCUCUGCCGCCCGCCGCCGCCGUGCCUGCUCUCGGAGUCACUGGACUCAGCUAUGGUGGUAUAAGUGGCACGGAUACUGAACAAAGGACUUCCAGUGACCACACAGACCACACUUACGUUUCAUCUACUUUCACCAAAGGAGAACGUGCAUUACUCUCCAUUACAGAUAAUGGUUCAUCCUCAGACAUUAGUGAGAGCUCAACUUCUUAUAUUAAGAUCUCAGACUCUCCCUACUUAGACUACACUUCUUCUGCUCAGAUGCAGACUGAGAGAAAUAACAUCUCAUCCUAUGAUGGAGAAUAUGCUCAGUCCUCCACUGAGUCACUGGUUCUGGGUACAUCCAACCUUCCACACUACACAUCCACCAUUAAUAUGCCAAAUACCUUGGUUCUUCUGGAUGCCAGGACUGAAUCUAUUGGUGACUCAUCUUCUUCAGGGUCCCCUUUGCCUCUGCCCUCAGUGUCACAAUCGCACCAGUUGGACUCAUCAACUUUACCAUCAACCAGGGCCUUUACACAUCAACUGAAAUCUACCUCGGAGCCCUCUACACCUUUGGCUUCCUCAACACCACCUUUACCAAUGGAAUCUACCCAUAUCUCACUUUCUGUCUCACAAACAGCCUUAUCACAUUCAUCUUCAAUUCCAAUUCCCCCUGGAACGAGGGAGACACCUGUGACUUUAGUUCAGACAUCAACAGUAGCAUCAUCCUUAGCAAUUUCUCAUAGUGGUCAAACAGCAGACCCCAAGAACCAGAGCACCCAAGAGAAAAUCAUCACAGAAGGAAAGUCACCAAGCCUGGUGUCUGUGCCUACAGAGUCUACCAAAGUUGUAACAGUGAGCUUUCCUUCAGGGGUUCCUUUGCCCCCAGCCUUAGCAGAAUUCUCCACCAACCCAACCCUUCCAGCCAUGAGCACCAGUUUAGUCCAGAUGUCUUCAGCAUUGGCAGCCACCACUCUUCAGUCUGGUCACCCUUCUGUGACUAGUCCCAGCACCCUAUCAAACAAAGAAACUCCAGUCCCUGAUCUUGUAACUGUACAUACUACAUCUGGAAGACAACUCUUGCCAACCCACCCUGAAACUCGAGUGCCACAAAUCUCAACAGAAGGUGCCAUCACAACAGAAAGAAACCAAGUACAUAUAGAUGAUACCACAAGAGUGAUCCCUGUGACUAGUGUACCUACAUCAGCAAAAGAAUCAACCACAAAGCUUGACAUGGAUGCAUAUAGCCCACCAUUACAUUUCCUCAGAACAUCUCCUCAAACCACAGAUGUUUCUACAGCUAAAGAGUUGACUGCUAAAUCUACAACCUUUACUGCUCAGAGCACCACACAGUCACUAAUAGCAUUGCCACUUCCAACCUCAGUUAACAGCUGUGCCACAAAUCCUUGCCUUCACAAUGGUGAAUGCAUUGAAGAUCUCACUGAUCACGGUUACCGAUGUGUGUGCUCACCUUCCUGGCAAGGGGACAACUGUAGUGUGGAUGUAGAUGAAUGCCUCUCAAACCCCUGCCCACCCCUGGCCACGUGCAACAAUACUCAGGGAUCUUUUGUCUGCAGAUGCCCAGUUGGGUACCAGCUGGAAAAAGGAGUAUGUAAUUUAGUUAGAACCUUCGUGACAGAGUUUAAAUUAAAGAAAACUUUUUUCAAUACUACUGUGGAAAAACAUUCAGACCUACAUGAAGUAGCAAAUGAGAUCACCAAAACGUUAAAUGUGUGUUUUUCAACAUUACCUGGUUAUAUCCGAUCUACAGUUCAUGCUUCUAGGGAGUCUAGUAUGGUGAUGAUCUCAGUGCAAGCCAUGUUUUCCCUGGCCUCCAACGUGACACUGUUUGACCUGGCUGAUGGGAUCCAGAAAUGUGUCAACUCCUGCAGGUCCUCUGCUGAGGUCUGCCAGCUCUUGGGGUCUCAAAGGAGGAUCUUUAGAGCGGGCAGCUUGUGCAAGCGGAAGAGUCCAGAAUGUGACAAAGAGACCUCCAUCUGCACUGACCUGGAUGGCAUUGCCCUGUGCCAGUGCAAGUCAGGCUACUUCCAGUUUAAUAAGAUGGAUCAUUCCUGCCGAGCAUGUGAAGAUGGAUAUAGACUUGAAAAUGAAACCUGUAUGAGUUGCCCAUUUGGCCUUGGUGGUCUUAACUGUGGAAACCCCUAUCAGCUUAUCACCGUGGUGAUUGCGGCUGCAGGAGGUGGGCUACUGCUCAUCCUUGGCAUUGCCCUGAUUAUUACCUGUUGCAGAAAGAGUAAAAAUGACAUAAGCAAACUUAUCUUCAAAAGCGGGGAUUUCCAAAUGUCCCCAUAUGCCGAGUACCCCAAGAACCCUCGUUCACAAGAGUGGGGCCGAGAAGCCAUUGAAAUGCAUGAGAAUGGAAGCACCAAAAACCUCCUCCAGAUGACAGAUGUGUACUAUUCGCCCACAAACGUAAGGAAUCCUGAACUUGAACGGAACGGUCUGUACCCAGCCUACACUGGAUUGCCCGGAUCACGGCAUUCUUGCAUUUUCCCUGGACAGUAUAACCCAUCUUUCAUCAGUGAUGAGAGCAGGAGGAGAGACUACUUUUGAGUCAGGGAAGAAGCCUGUUGCCCCGAAACGGUUGCGGGACCUCUGUGGUUCAGAGCACUGGCUGCUCCCAGGACUUGUCAGAGCCACCCAUAAGUGGCAAACAGAAAGAGGGACAGGCGUGGCCCCAGUGGACGGGAAGGGCGGAGUGUGGACCGGCAGGCUGCUCAGUUGGCACCUUCAUUGUUACUGUGAACUGGCGGUGGGCAGUACCAUGGGAGUCUCUGAGUGCUGCCGCGUGCUGCUGGAGUUAGGAGUGACUGUAGCCACGGCGUGCCACUAGGUAUCACUGCAAGGACCCGGUUUUUCCUUGGUUUGCACUUUAGUACAUUGGGCACGGAGGUUUCUUUUUGGUUUGUUUCAAGACUAUUCUAGAAAGAGGGCUUCUUUUCAUGAGACACUUUUCUGGGCCACCGUUUGGUGAUUCAUUGCCACCAGGUGCUGGCCCUUUGUUUUCCUGUCCAGAUGCUUGUGUGUGAAACACAGGCAGGCGAGGGGUGAUGUGCCACUGUGACCCAGAGAUGCUGCAGCCAGCAGGGCGUUAACGCUUUCAGGCGGCCUUAUGCUCGCUUCCAGGCCAUUCCCCUCAAGGAGGAAUGGACGCUGGUAAGGCAUAGCACAUAACUUCUCCCUGCUUGUCAAGUUGAGGUGACAUGUUCAUUGAAGUCCAAUGGGUUUUUCCAACUUACAGUUCAGUCUCACAUUUUCAAGUAGGUGCACAUCAGGGCAAAACAACUUGCAUUCGGUUUGGGUUAGAAGCAUCCAGCUGCCUCAGUGAUGAGGCUGACUGGCAGAUCAGGGACCAAAGGUGGCAGGUCCUGCCUUCAGCAGGGGCACUUCUCAUUCACCAUGAGGAAAUCCAUGGCUCCUGCUCCUCUGACCACUAUGCCAGAAACUAGAUGCCACUACAGAUGGAGUUAGAAAGGAAAGUUGAAUGCAGGGGUGCGAGUCAGAAUUUCACCCCCAGAGGAAAAGUCUGCUGUGGUCCCUGCAACUGGUCAUGGUUAGAGAAAUGGGCUAAUUUAGGUAUUAGAUUUCUGUGGGUGUUCUGCGGGAAAGCAGGGAGCUAGGACGGAGCUACGGGUAAGUGUGCUUACCUGCUAAUUGUUGUGUCUCUCAAUGUGUCCACAAACUCAGUGUAUAAACUAACCACUCAGAGCUACUUAAUUCACUGAAGUAGUAACUUCCUUCCUCUCAUCUGGUCAUUGGUUCCUCUUCCGCCCCUGUGUAGUACCCUCUGGAAACAGGUACGGUGUGUGUGAGCACUGGCUGGUUAGGGUCUGGGAGUGUGCUUUGGGGAAGGAAAUGUCCCUUGUCUUGUUGGUUGUCCUGGGUCUUGCAAGGGGGGUAUGUUGAGUGCUUUGUGUCUAACUGUGGAACUUUGGACCAUCCUGAUGUAGGGGAGGGAACACGGAGGGAUGAUGAUCGUCCGCGUUCUUGCUGGGGGCUCAGUGGCCCGCAUGUCUGGAAGUGGUUCCGUGCUGGGGACAGUCUUCCUUGGACAUGUGCGUUUCUUCAAGAUGUCCUCUUCAAAACAUGCAGUUCUCCUCUCCGAGGCCUGAGCUGAGCCCGCCGUCACCGCUGCUCCCCAUCACCUGCUAGAGGAGGAUGGCUAGUCAGGUGUGUGGAUUCUAGCAGUUGAGGUGUGCUUAUCUCACAAGUACAAAAUAAGUCCUGUUGUCCAUGAAUAUUAACUUACCUUCAAACUCAUCACUGUCUUGAAACACUGGGUCUUGCACAUAUCUCUCUGGAACCACAUGGCCUCACAUCUAACUGGAGAACUCAGAACUCCUGCCCUCAGCACACCUGAGCCAACAGGCUGCACAGCCUGCUCCAGCUCCUUUUGCAACAUAUCUGCUCUCCAGGCCUCGCUCCUGUGGGAGCAGCCACCAAGGGCUGUGUCUAGACAUAGUAUGCUGUCUUCAGCCCACAUCACAGCUGGAAGAUCAUCUCCUGUAUCUGGGCCAAAAGCCUUAAAACCCACAAAACAAGGUGUUCUGUUUUGGAACUAUCCCAGAGUCUAGAAAAGAGUGUCGUGUGAGUUCGUAAAAUGCUUGUCUGCUCAUGAAUCUUGUUCAAGUAGAGUGGAUUUAGAGUUUUGUUUUCUACUGUGAAAAAAGAGGGCCUCCAAGCAAGGUGCUCCCAGCAUGGCCAGUUUCCAGGAGGCUUGUGGAGAGGGGAAAGCAUUCGGAGGUCAGAGAAGGCUUGAAAGGGGCACAAAAGUGACCCAGUACGCCCUGUGUACCAUGGAAGAGAAGCUGGGGUUACUCCUGCCUGGGUUAGGACCCCUAGAGUGGCCUGCCUAGGCUGAAAGGAAACAGCGGGUAGGACGCCGGCAGCAGAUAGACAAGAGGUUCAGGACUGGUUCAGGUGGACCCACACCCACCACUCGAGAGCUCGGCUGGGGCGCCGUGCUCAGUGGCAGGCCUCACACAUGGAAUGAGCAGUUCAUGCUCACAGAAACGCCAUGGUUCUGCAUUGACACCCCACAGCUGGAGAAAGUGGAAAGAAGGAAGUGACACCACCCAUGAGAUGCUUCUGUGGGGCAGAGCCAGGCCAGGCACAGCCUGUGUCCUGCCGCUGAGGGAGGGGCGGCUCCUUCCCAGGGUCCAUCCUGGAUUUUAAGCUCCAGGGGUCUUAUUUUCCAUUUCCUUUUUCUCUCAUGAGCCCCAGGGUACCGGGCCAUGUUUCUUCAGGAUAAACAACAAACAUCUGUUCUUCCCAUGGCCAGGCUAUGUGUGAAAUACUUGGCUGAGCAGCUUCCUUGUUAGUUGGCCUUGAAGUACUCAUUUCCCAGACUUAAAACCUCCAGAGAGGAUAAAUAGCUUACUUAUAGAGAUAGACUUCAAACCCCAAUCCUGUCUCCACCCACCCUAUGGCUGAGCUAUGGAGGCCUACCCAUUCACCCUCCUGGCAGACAUCUUGCCAUGCAAUGCACUUCCAUUGAAAGAAGGGAAACCCUGGACCCCGCAAAUCAUUUUUUAAAGGAAUUUAAUAUUAAGCAGUAAUGAAUGACUAGAAACGCAAGAACAAAAACCUGGUACCCUUUGUGAAAGUGCCCUUUCAGGUGUGUUUUUUGUAUAUUUUUCUUGAACUCUCAUGUUCUUCAUCAAGACAACAGUGGCUGGCUUGCGUUAAGUCGUGCAUUGGUAUGUGCCUAGGGCUGGAGGCACUGGAAGGUGGCCCCAGGGCGUUUCUGACAGGCACAGUCUGACACGUGCAUCCAUUGAGGCCUGCCUGCCGUGCUCCAGGUGUGGAACCUCCUCUCCCACAUCUAGGGGCAGUAUUUUUGUGAGCCAUCAGAGUGGGGCAUGAAGUUGAAUAGCUUAAAAGGCUCAUAGGUCUCUACUUUGUGGGAAGGUUAUUUCCCAAAACAGUUAAGUCUGUUAGAGUCACAAUUGUUGAAUGGUUGGUGCAGUCAAGCUGGCAGAUAGCAUUUGAAGUCAAAACCCAACAUGUAAUUGUUGGUCUGUCUUUCUUUCUUUCUUUCUCUUUCUUUCUUUCUUUCUCUCUCUCUCUCCCUCUCUCUCUC